AUGGCUGAGAUCGAGGAUCAGUUCUGGCGUCUGCCUGUGGACAAGCAAGUUUACAAGCUUUAUCCGCAGACCCUCAACAUGUCAGAUGUCGUCAGCAGAGUGAAGUCAUGCCGUGCAGUGCCGGAUGUAGGUUCCCAUGGUGCCCUAUUUCUAAACUAUUUUCGUGUGGGGAGAACUAAAACUGGUGUUCCUGGUGAUAGUGAUCACUAUGUUGAUAAUGGAGUUGAUGGUUUUAUAAUUGUUGUCUAA